AUGUCUCGAUUCCUUAUUACCGGAGGAUCAGGAUUGAUAGGUUCUGCCAUCACAAACCUAUUACUCCAAGAUGAAACUACUACGGUUGUAAUUCUUGACAAGAAUUCUCCUGCUUCGCCUCAUCCUUCAGAGCGCCUUCAUUUUGUUACCGGUGACUUCACUAAUUCCGAACUAUUAUCAGAUAUUUUGAAACAAUUUGAUAUUAAUCGAAUCAUUGAUUGUGUUAGUCAAUCCAGGAAAUCAGUUGGAGUUUCACCACGACUUGGAGCUCAGAUAGCUUUACAGGGUUUAACCAACUUGUUGGAUGUUGUGAGAGAAAAUGGAAGAAUUGAAUCAAUCGUAUUGUUAAGUAAUCAAGCUGUUUACGGACGUGAAAAACAGGUCGAAACAGCCCCUUUGGCACCCAUAACUUUCUUUGGAGCAGCUCUGAUGGGAGCAGAAGCAAUGCUCCAUUCUUAUGUUAUUAGUUACAAGUUGCCAGCAGCUAUUGCUCGUCUCUCAGAAGGCAUUAUCGAGUAUUUGCCACGGGAUAUUGAGAACUUGAGUAACCCUGUCAAUUUGAUAACUGCUCGGAAUGCUGCUGCGGCUAUAAUCAAGAUAUCAUCAGUCGCUCAAAAUGGUCGAAUCUAUAAUGUUGGAGGUCCUAAUGAUUACGAUUUGAGCGCUCUUAAGAAGGCUCUUUCAUCCGCGCAGUUGUCUGUCUUGAAAGAAAGUGAGACAAACAGCUUGUUCUCCACAGAACGUUUGCGAAAUGAACUAGACUUCAUCAUUCAAAAUGACUUUGACAAUGAAUUCGAAUCACUGGUCAUUGAUACUGAAAACAACAAUUUAAAAAACACUGCCCUACUCUUCUCUGAAAAAGCCACAAACUUGCCUUCUGUUGUUAGUAAUUUCGUGACAGAGAAAAAAAUAUCGAAAGCAGAAUCGUCACCAGGAUAUGAUGAUGAUGACACAGUGAAGAAAGAAAUUAUUCACAAGAAGCCAACAAUUGUGUUAUGGGUGGCGAACCCUAAAGAAAACAUUGAAGCCUUUGAAGGAGGACCUGAUGCGUUAAAGAAAAAUAUGAACGAACACCUACUGGGUCCUUGGCUUGUCUCAUCCUACUGUCAUACAAUGGGAAUAAAGUUUGUUUUUGUUAGCCUUCAGGAUGAUGUGAGUGAAAAUACCUCCUUCCAAGCCGUUAAAACGUUUGUGAAACCGUUGUUAAGCCACUUCCCAAACACAAUCUACUUGAAUUCUUCAACAUCAACUUUUGAAAAAGACGUAUCCGAACAUAUCAAACUAUGA